CCAAAUCACACUACUCAUCAUUUAUCUCUCAUUUCACCACUUAACAAAAGUAUGCACUACCAAACCGAAUCAUGGGGCACAUACUUGCCACCCACAACCACCGUUAACGACCCAUUCCACCGCAUCGAACGACUCGCAGCGGAGAACGCCGUGGUGAUAUUCAGCCUCAGCAGCUGCUGCAUGUGUCACGCCAUCAAGCGCCUCUUUUGUGGCAUGGGUGUCAACCCAACCGUCUACGAACUUGAUCAACAGCCUCUAGGAAAAGAAAUGGAGAAAGCGUUGAUGCGGCUGCUUGGAACCGGCUCGCCGGUCCCUGUGGUGUUUGUUGGAGGGAAGCUUGUGGGUGCAAUGGAUAGAGUUAUGGCUUCUCAUAUCAAUGGGACACUUGUGCCUCUUUUGAAAGAGGCUGGUGCACUUUGGCUUUGAUUGGUUCAUUAGUUUGUUAGUUAUAUUUUCUUUUCUUUCUUUAUUUUGGUAAAGAGAAAGAAGAGUAAUUAAGUUUAGUUUUUAUGGUUUUUAUUUUAGAAAGAAGUUAUGAUUAAAAAUAUGUAAAAUUAAGAGGAAGAGGAAGAGGAGGAUUUUGAUAUGCUUAGAUUGGUGUUUUUUUUCUCCUUAUCCGAGAGUUGUAAUUCCCUCCCUCCUCUUACCACUUACAAUUAGUAAUCUAACUCUAGUUUUUAAUUAUUU